UCGGAUCACCAGGCAAAGCAGCAGGCAGUGGGCCACCAGGCGGAGCGCAGGCUUGCGGGCCACCAUGGAGCAGCAGCGGGCCACCAGGUGGGGCGACAGGCACCGGGCCCCAAGCGGGGCGACGGGCACCGGGCCCCCAGGCGGGGCGACGGGCACUGGGCCCCCAGGCGGGGCGACGGGCAUCGGGCCCCCAGGCGGAGCGGCGGGCGCCGGGCCCCCAGGAGGGGUGACAGGCAUCGGCCCCCCAGGCGGGGCGACAGGCAUCGGGCCCCCAGGUGGGGCGACAGGCAUCGGACCCCCAGGCGGAGCGGCGGGCGCCGGACCCCAGGCGGAGCGGCAGGUCUCGAGCCCCCAGGCGGAAAGUGGCGGGCGCCGGACCCCCAGGCGGAGCGACAGGUCUCGGCCCCAG